UAAAUGUAGAGGCCAGUAAAUGACCCAUAUAUCUUAAAUAGAUAGCUAAAGAGCCAUGGACAUAAUUCUGGCAUUAAAUGCAGGGUUACAUGUUACUAGGGUUACAGGCUUUGUUGUUGUUAGCUAGACUGCUAAUUUAGCUAACGUCGUUAGCUAUAUAACUAGCUAUCCAGAGCUAACGAGCGGUGCUGGGUUAGCAAGGCAAAUAGCGAGUUUAUCUGGACUAGUCAGCGACCAAGUUGACCAGACAAGAGUCACCGAGACGCCAAGGUUCAUCUAAAACGAGAAUCUCCUGUCAGAGGGACCACAUGGAUACGGAGAACAUGCCUCCCCCUUACGAGGACAACCGAGAUGCGGAGCGUCAGAGUCGUCAGUCCCGCAGCAGGAGCACGGCUGGGAAAGGCUCCGAGGCGUCGGUACCAACUCUGAAACGGGACAAGAGUCGGGACGGAGAAAGAGAUGAGAGGGACAGCUGUGCUGGGGACCAGGCUAAGACACGGACACCGGAAGUGGAUCCCGACCGGGACCGCAUGUCAGACAGAGAGCAUCGGAGGAGCAGCUCUUUCUACUCUGAGGACUACGAGAACCUAACACCCUCGGAACACACGCUGUCGCCCUACUCCCGUACGCCCUCCCCCAGCCCUCGCAGAAAGGGACCUCGCGCCAAGACGGUCUCCAGCAGUCCUCUACACAAAACAGGCGUCCGUCGGGGUGUGUCUCGCCCUCCCCGCGUGGGUGCCCAGCCCCAGCGGGCUCAGCGUUGGGGGGUACGGACCGAGUCCCAGAGCCUGAUCAAGGACACCACGGCACCCCCUAAAGAUCUUGACCUGGUGACCAAGCGCAUGCUGUCGGCCCGCCUGUUGAAGAUCAACGAGUUACGCAACGCCCUGGCAGAGCUACAGCUCCACAGCGACCAGAUAACUAAGGAGAACCGCAUCCUCAGACAGCUCCAGCACCGCCAGGAGAGGGCGCUGCAGCGAUACGACGACACGGAGAGUGAGAUCGCACAGCUGCUGUCGCGCCACGCCAACGAGACCACAGCUCUGCGGGAACGUCUACGGCGGACACAGGAGAGAGAGCGGGACGCUGAGAGGCGACUCAAAGACACACAGGAGCAGCUGCAGCGUAGCCAGUCGUCCCUGGGUCGUCUGAGGCGUCUGGCAGAACAGCAGGAGUUAGGUCCCAGGGAGGAGCUCACCAGGAGACUGGAGCAGGAGAGGGCCAAGGACCAGGAGAACCAGCUAAAGAUCAAGGAUCUGGAGCGCAGAGUGGAACUGAGCAGCAGUAGUUACCAGAGACAGCUAGCUACAGAGAGGAGGAAGACCAUCAGUACCCAGGACCAGGUCUCAGACCUGCAGGAGGAGGUGGAACGACUCAGCAACAAACUGAAGGAGAAAGAGAGGGAACUGGACACUAGGAACAUCUAUGCCAACCGCUUGUUGAAACCAUCGCCCAGGAACACAGACAACACCACAAAGAGGAAAGGCCCCAGUAUGUCCAGCUCUAAGGCAGUACAGACAGUGAACGAGAACUUGAGUCUCGACUUCCCGUCACCGCCCCCGGCCGUCACCGAGGGCAACUAUCACUACAACGACCAAGCCCCCGAUGACUACCUGUCACUCAAGCCAGGUGUCUCUAGUACACCUUACAGCUCUAGGGUGAGUCACAAACAGUGCCCUAUUUGCUCUGUAGUGCACUACUUUUGA